AUGUCAGAACAGCCUGUAAGGAAGAGUAGGAGGAUUUCUGCCAGUAGUGUUCCUCAAACUAGCAUGGAACAACCACUGGAAUUGGAUGUCGAGGAGAAUAUCCUUGAAGGGCAAGUUGCUGAGUUGGCUGACAGAAUGGAGAGGGUAGAGAGUCAAAUGAAGGACUCUGCUAGAAAACUUCAUGUGCUGACACUUGAAAAAUUGGUCCAGGAGCAGGGGAAGGAGUUGAAGGAACUCAAGAGAAUGAUGCUCAAACAGACCAAGGACCUUCAAGAACAGAAGGAGUUCCAGGAGAAAGAACUUCACAAGGCUCUACAGGAACAGAAGGAGGAGUUCCUAGUGAAGCUCAAGGGGGUUGAAGAAAAGUUGGAGGCCUCUACAAAGCAAACAAAGGAGGACUUCAACAUGAUUCUGGAUUUUCUUGAAACCUAG